AUGGCUUCGUUAGGUAGCAGCUCCGUCUUGGGCGCCUUCGCUUUGCCCCCUCUGCGAAAUGAGCCUAUUAUCUCUUAUGGCCCAGGAACCCCCGAGCGGUCUUCACUCGUCGAGGAGAUGGCCACGAUGACGAAAGAGAUGCCAUUCGAGGUCCACCCUAACGUGAACGGUAAAGAUGUGAGAUCCAACCUUUUCACCUUUCGCCGAGAUGAUGGAGCAAAAUUUAACCCAAGACAGGUUGUCGGUGCCGCAGAGCACACCCAGAAGAGCCCCUUUGAGCACAAGCUCGCCGUGGCAAAGUAUUCCCACGCAACUUCCGAGCUCGUGGACAAAGGCAUUCAAGGGGCACUCGAGGCCAAGAAGACGUGGUCCAAGACGUCUCUGCACGAUCGCGCUGCCAUCUUCUACCGGGCUGUUGCUUUGCUCAGAGGACCAUACCUGUAUCGUAUGAUGGCAGCAACUAUGCAUGGGCAGGGCAAAAAUGCCUACCAAGCCAGCAUUGACUGCGCUGCCGAGUCCAUUGACUUUCUCACAAUGUUCCCAUCCCUUGCGGAGAAGCUCUACCAAGCUCAGCCUCCGUUCAACGCCCCCGAUGUGUGGAAUCGGAGCGAAGUCCGUCCUUUAGACGGCUUCGUCUAUGCUGUCUCACCGUUCAACUUCACCGCCCUGGCCGUCAACCUUGUCCUGGCUCCCCUCAUCACGGGAAACGUUGUCAUCUGGAAGCCCAGUCCCGGUGCUAUCUACUCUAGUUGGCUGUUUAACCACAUCAUGAUCGAGGCUGGCCUUCCAGCCGGCGUCCUCCAAUUUCUGCCAGGUGAUGCCGAGCAGGUGACGGCCCAGAUCUUUUAG